UGUUGUGGGCUCAGAUGCCGAGAAAAAUACAAAAUAUAUUCAAAAUUAGUUUCUAUAAAUUACAUGAACUCUCAUCUGGUUAUCAAAAACAACUCAACGCAUAGGUGGAUAUGAAUUUUUCCAUCUUUCAAGCAUAUAAUAACUAAUCAUGUGAAACAUUCUCCGAGGAUUUUUUAAGGGCCAGAUGCGCUUUGAAGUAAAUUUGCAACACGAAAUCAGCAAGUAAGAGUACACAAGUGUCAAGCGCUUUGACUGAUUGACCGUUUAAUGAUAUAAGCGCGCAUUCGCUGCAAAAAUGUCAGACGAUCGCGUUUAUAAGGAUGGCGACAUCGUUUGGGUGAAGCUGGGCAACAAUUGGUGGCCCGGCGAAGUGACCGAUGUGCACCGCCAACCAGAAGGACUACUAAAACACUUAAAAAAGAAGCCAUAUUGCGUUGUGAAAUUCUUCCAAGAAGAUGCCUACGAAUAUAUAAAGAGUGCAAAGCAAAUUUUUCCUUUCCAAUGCAGCAAAAAAGAUGAGUUCAUCAAAAAGGGUACUGCAUUAUAUAAUGCCAAAAAUAAAUUCAUGGAGAAGUUCCCCGCCGAUGUUGAGAUCGCCGAGCGCUUAACGCGUAAAGCUGUUGCAUCAGACUUGCUGAUUAUCAACGAUCGUCCAGAUAGUAUUGUAAAGGCUAUAUUGGGUCCGACUUAUAUACGACGCAGUAACGAUUACUAUGACAAUGAAUACAACAAUGGCAGUUGUAAUACUGACUACAAUAAUAAACGCAGAAGUGGGGAUUCUGUUACGAAAAUUCUCAAUAUUACACCACAACGUUCAACAACAACAACUUCAACAGCAACUCGCUCUCCAGAAGCAGGAAAACCCCUACCAUUACCCCUAAUUACAUCAAACUACAACACAAAUUCGGUUGCCGCAAGUAGCGCCGAUACAAACUUUUAUCGGUGUAAUCUGUGCAAUUUCUCUAGCCAACGUCAGAAUGUCAUGAUCAUGCAUCGUCGUACACAUAGUGCGGGUGGCACACCAACAGCACCAGCCGCCUCGACAUCCGCACGCAAACCACCUUCAGCUACCAUAACUAGCGCUGCCAAGGAAUCUGCUAAUGCCAUUGCGUGCACCACAACAUCGCCGGCAACAUCAACUAAAGACACAUCCAGCAGCUUCUUGGGCGAAGAUAUUGAGCGCAAAUAUCCUGUAACACUUGGCACCAGCGCAGCCUACGUACCAAAGUCAGAAAACAAUGCUACGCCGUUAAAUAGGCGAAACGCUAAAAACAGACAAAAACCGCAGUUGGCGGAAGCUGAAAGCGCGAUUUUAAGCGCUGCCAGUUCAUCGCGCCAGAAACUACGCUCUUCGUUGCGUAUAGAUGCCGAUGUUACUGAAAUUACUUUACCAGAUGGCAUACCGAUUGGCGCACAGAAAGGAGAACUCAAACUGAGCGAUGACGAUACCACUGACAACUCAUCAUCUCCUGCGACAGAGGAGCUGUUGCGCAUAUGCAGUCCGCGGAAGCAUAAUUUGGAGGCUGGUGAGAUCGGUAGCACGUCGGCCGUGUUGAAUAGCACAGCAGAGGAGAUACGACAACGCUUGCUGGCUGAUUGGAGUGACGGGGAGAAAGACGAAGAAAUGUUGGAUGACUUCAAGGAGCACGCAAAACGAAGCGAUGUGCCUGUCACAGAAGGAGAUGAAUUCAGAAUGAGUGAGUUAACAAUUCAAGCAACAGUCAUUAAAAAAGAUGAGUCGGUAUAUGCUAUCGCGACGCCAAUAAAUGUGGCUAUCAGCAACGCUAGUCCACAAACUUCAAAUCCAAAUCAGAAUCGUAUUAGGAACAUACCGAAGAAAGAUCGGCGGGAUGCGGUAUUAAAAGAAUUUACAAGUGACUACACAGUCAAGUCGCCAGCGGCAAUUGUGAACCUGGAGAGUAUCAACUGCAGCAGCAGCAACAGCUCCGAUUCAGUGGUUGUAGUGGCGGUGGUGCCACCAAAUAGCGGUGAAACAAUUAUUGUUGAUGACAACACUGGUACUGAUGGUGAAACGGAGGCGUCGGUGGGCGAAGCAGGUACAAAUGGAAAUGAAACGGCAGCGCACGGUUUACUAGUUAACGACACAAGAAAAGACCUUGUUGACACCUUGGACGAAAUAAAUGAGGACACAUUAGUGCAGGGAGAAAAGCAAGCUAAAGUAGAGGUAGAAGCAGUGGAGUACAUAAAAAAUGUGGAAACGUAUGAGAGAGUAGAACAGAGUGACGAUAAUCCAAUAGUGCAUCUGAAGAACGGUGAUGAGUUUGUUUUAGUGGGCAGUGAGGUGGCGAAAAACGAAGUUGUGGACACCGAAGAAAAUAAACAGAUCGCAUCAGACGAAGAAAUUGACGGAAUCGAUUUGAAAUUGGAAAAAGAAGAGGAAGGAAAAAUGAAAGCCCAUAAGCAGCCGGCAAAGCAAAGAGGCCGUGAAAAAAGACAAAAAAUCAUCAGGAGGCAGAAAACAGCAACUGAAACACUGGCAACCUCAACCGAAUCAGAACAUGUCCCAAUGGAAACAGAAGAACCACUUAUGCCUAUGUCGCCUCAGCGUUUAAAAGAGGAGGAACGCCCUUUGACUAGCACCGCCGCUGCACAGCAGCAGCAACAACGAACUGAUUGUUUCGAGUUCCAAGAGGAAGAAGAUGAUAGCUGCAGCGACGCACUAAGGUCAAUAGCCGACUUCAAGAAGAAAUAUCUCUCCCCAGACAAAGCGCAGGAGAAAGCGCUGGCAGAUAACGGGCUGCCGUCUGAAAGCGAGAAACGCCGCUCUACCGAACAGAAGGACCAGCAGCUGGCGUACGACAUCGAAAAGUUGCUGGAACAAACAACAGCGCCCAGCAUAGUUGAUGCUGCCAUACCCGCGGUCGUUUCGCGUACACACUCUUACGGUAGCAACAAGGAAGAGUUACCAGUAAAGGGUUUGCCGAUUAAAGAAAGAGGCAAGCGCAUUUUCAAGUCGAGAAAUCGUUCACGUAUCGAGGAAGUGCCACCAUUGGCAGGCGUUGGAAUGGGAGGUGUGGCGUCCGUACAAAUCCGGGAGGCUAUAGAACCAAAGGUGGAGGAACCUGUUGUCAUAGCAAUGACUGAGGAACGCCAAGAAAAUGAGAAACAACAAAAUAUCGAAGAAGCUAUAUAUGAAGCAAAAAUUGAGCAAAACAAAGUGCUGGCGAAUGUAGAAAAAGUUGGUGUGUAUGAAAAUGAGCAGCCGCCUGCUAUAAUGCCACCAACAGAUGCUCCGAUUGGCAACGAAAAAAGCGAAGAAGUCAGAAAAGUUGUAGCAGAUGCCCAAAUUGGGUUCAAGGAAGAAACAUUCAGAACCGAAAGCGCUGAGGAUUCGACAAUUUUAAGAUUUAAAGCUGUUAAUGGUUCUUUAGCCACAACAACCGUAAUGGAGGUUGUAAGUUAUUCGAGCGUGGAGCAGAAAAAUAGCGAGACGGAAGAAGUAAAUGGUGAAAAUAUAGGCUCAAUGACGGAGUUACAAAUUAACUGUGAGCAGAGCUUUGGGGAAAUAAUUCAUGCCGACGAAGCAAGUAAAGGGAAUGGUGGUGCAUCUACACAGCCAGACAAUGAAAGAAAGGCAGGAGAAAAUGCUGAGCCAUAUGAAAACCAUUCGAAAUUACAAGAUUUGAGCGAUCAGAUUGAUAAUACAAAACAAAGAUUGGGAGCUGAAGAAAACUCUAGCGAGCACACGAACUUGAGCGAAAAUGAAGUUGUCAAUGCUGCUGUAGAGCAGCAAAUUCUAACAGAAGUGAAGGGAAAUGCUACUGGCAAAGAAGACACCUUUAGACAAGAUUCAGUUAUAAUGCAGGACACCCCAGCAGACAAUGAAAAUAUUACUGAACCCAAUUUGCUGCUCGCACAGGUAGCUGUGGUCACAGAAGCCGCAGAAGUGCGGUUAACUGAGCCACGAUCGAAUCUAGAUGAUAAAGAACCGUUGGGGGAAGUCGACGAUUCUUUGGCUGCCGCUCUGAAACAUGAUAUAGCGGAGGAUCAGCAGCACGACUCAGCUAUGAUAGGCGAAGAAUUGCCACAAAGCCGACUCACUUCGCCCACUGACGACAACAGUUCGGUUUGCAUCUCCGAGGCUGGCGCAGAAUUUGGUUCCCCCACUUCAAUGCUGGAUGAUGAACGUUUGCCAACAAUAACUGGUAGACUGAUGACUCCCACUGAUGCGCUGAUGGAGGUAAUACCAGCGGGCAGUGAAGAGGCGAAGAUAUUGGAAAGUGAAAUUGAAAUGGUAGGUGUAGGCGAUGUUCACAGAGACGGGAAAGUGCAAAACACCCUGGAAACUGCGUUGUUUGUAGCAGGUGGCGAAGGAGGUGGAAUAGAGUUAAUGGAAGAAGUGCCAGCGAAAGAGGGCACCGGUGAACAGGCUGUCAUUGUAGAUAGUAGUCAAUCGGAACGUGUUGAAGAGUCCAGCGAAGUUGUGGAAGGUAAAAGUAAGGAGUUGAUGCCACCUAUUGGCCCGGAGGGGCAUAACAAAAUGGAAGAAGAUGUGAAGGAGCCUUCAGUAGAGCAAUCAAACUUUGAUGAGCAAAUGACUGUAGCAAUUGAGCAAGCCACAUGCGAUAACACGGACAAUCUAGCAGCACACAGUGUUUCAGACGAAAGCGACAGAAAAAAUUUACAAGACUACGAAGCGAAUGUUGAAGAAUUGGAUGGCGAAAAGAGGGCGGAGAAUGAUAAUUUGGUAAGCGUGGAAAGCGGAGAGACGCGAGAACAAAUUCAGGCUGAAACUCUGACUGAGAUACAAGCCCUCGAUACGCAUGAUGAGAAUUGCGACCACUUAGGCGAAAGUGGAAACGCGGAAGAACUUACGGAUAAUAGCUUUAAAGAACAAGGAGACGCAAGUAAUGCGCAAGGCGAGCUACCGCAGGAUGUAUUGCAUGAUGCUGCAGCGGAGGAGCAACAACAGGCGGAGCAACAGGAGAAUGAAGUCAAUGCCGCGGAGCUUUUGAAUAACGAAUCAAAAGUGGUUCCUGAAGAACUAGCUGCUGUAAUAGCCACUGAGAAUAUUGACGACGAAGACUCGGAUAUGGACGACGAUUUCAUCGAAAGCCCACCGCACGAACCACUUUCCGGUCACGAAGGCGAUGCGGAAGCGUUGUCGCUGAGAGCUAAAGUGCUGACUAAAACUCAAAAGCGACGUAUAAUAAAUAAAAACGAAAAUUCAAACGCGCCGCCAGAGACUGAAGAAGGAAAGGCACAACUUGAAACUAGCGCUGAGCGCUUAAAACGCAGAUCAGCGAACUCAGCAAGCGUUUCACCACAACGCAUAGGUGAAUUUACCAAAGAGGUGACUAGCGGAAAACGUCUAACUCGAUCGACGCGACAGCAACAAGCCAAAUCGAACGAUUAUAUGAAAGAGCUAGACUUGUCCGAUCUAGACGAAGCAACAACCAAAGAUGAAAACGAGGGAAAGGAGUUAACGACGCCAGCACAUCAGCAACAACGAAAAUCAACGAAAGUAUCAGAUGUAACAGUAAAAGUGAACGAAACAAACGAAAAGUGUGAAGCUGCGUUCGUUGAAGUUGUUGCCGCGACGCAUGAAGCAAACGAACCUGCAGUAACAAUACCUGACGUUGUGCACGCGGAGCCCAUGGAAACAACACCUAGCAAUGAGCAAGCGUCUGAAGUGUUUGUUGAAGAAACUCCUGCCAGUUGCAUACCUAUAGUAAAAUCUGUUGGAUCCACCCGCAAACGCCGUAGUGCGGCCAAAGCUACACCCCGUCGAAAUGCCAGCGGCGCCACACAAAUCGAUGCUAUACAAGAGAGCGAAUUAAUAGAGCAAGAAGAACUGAUACAGCGAGCAAAAUGUAGGCGACUGGAGAGCUCGAACGACGAAAGUGAUACAGGAAUUGAGAUCAUUCAAACACAAGAAGAACAGAAUGCAGCUGAUGACGAGGCAAAUUCCGAAUCUGCUAUUGACAAUUAUAUUGAAGUGGAUCCCGCAGAAAUGCAAGUUGAAGACAAUGCCGACACUAAUGCUCAAGGCAAUGAAGGCAAUUCGCCACUUAUAGUAGAAGAAGAGCAAUGCAUCAUUGAAGAAGUUUACCUAAAUGAUACAACUGCACCGAUUGAGGAGACUGUAGAUGCAGCAGUAUCUGAGAUAAACUCACUGCGUCCACAAGAUGUAUCCAAUGCAAUCGAGUAUGUCGACUACGCCUCGAUUGAGCAUCAGCAGCCGAUAGAAGAGGUGAUUGUCGACGCUGUUAACACAGUAGAAGCGACUGCAGACAGCGAUACGCUUAACAAUCUGAAUAGCAGCCCGAAUGACGCGAGCGCACCUGUGCAUCAGCAGAAAGCUGCCGCUGUCCACGAUGCGCAGCCACAAGCAGAUAAUGUAUGCAUCAACACUUCGCCCAUGGAGAAGGUCCGCAUCAACGUAGACGUGGCCAAUCCACUCUCCACGCAAAUAGCCAACAUUUUAGCCACAAAGUCUGCUGGUGGCACAGGCACAAAGAAGUCCAAUCUUGAGGAGUCUAUACCAUCAUUUAUAAUUGAGCGGCCAGGGCAGACAGUUGGAUCUCAAUCUCAACAUACACCAUCCUCAAACCUAGACUUCACCAUCGGCGAACAGGAUGCCGUUGCACAUGUACAACAAAUGUGUCCACAGGUUAAAAUCACACGCAAAGAGAAAUUUAUUGACGAGCCGCUUACAACUGACGUAGCUCAACAGGAGACUACUGGCGCUAUGUUCGACAUUAGCAAUAUGCCCAUUGUGCUGGGCAAUGAGCACUUUAUGUCCGCACAGGGUGAUAUGCAAAUCGUGCUAACUUCGUCUCCGGAUGCUGAAACAAAUUUGCGCACAGAUGGUCCACAGAUUUUGCAACAACAAAUUCUACAAACUGCUUAUAGAACAUCAACGCAAACGGGCCAACAACGACAACGCAAACGUUCAACUAAUCAACAACAGCAGCAGCCGUUGCAACAAGCGAGCAAUGCAAAUAGUCAAGUAUUGGGUAAUAAUAAGCCUGGCAUAAUCAUAAUCAAAGCGGCACCGAGUGAUUUGAUAAUUCAGCAAUCGCAGCCGCCAGUACUGCAGGGGUCGCAACAGCAAUCGCAGGCGAUUGCCGGAGGCGCCGCGCAACAGUUGGCUAUAUCACCUACCGAAAAAACAACGACCACCACUUAUAAUCUGGGUUCGGGGGUCACAUUGCGUCCAAUAGCUGAGCCAAAGCAGAAACAGCAACAACGCCAGCAACAGCAACAACAGCAGCAGCAGAAUCAGCAAACGUCCGCGAAUAAACCAAAGUCACCGGCGGCCGCUGCUACUGGCGGCCGCAAGCAGGCUGGCAACACAAUUACCUUGCCCAGCAGCAUUACGGUAAAGCAGCGACAACAAAAAAUAACGGAUGGUAUAACAAGCGCAACCACCACAACAAAAGCAGCACCAAGUGAACAACAGCUUUCACAGUCCGCCUCUGGGAGUGGCAUCAAAACAGCACAAAAGCGUAAUCAUCCAACAAAUUCGCGUCGCUCGCAAUUGCAGUCGCAGGCAGUACAGCAACGACGCCGAACUGGUACAGCCAGCAGCCUGGCGGAGUUGCAUCAGCAGCAAGAGGCCGUUGAUGAGGAUGCCGCGCUAUUGAAUCGACGCCUCAGCUAUACAGAAGCACAUGCGCCACCGCCCACCAAAAUUCCCCGAAGUGCCGACAAUCACAGUGAGUCAACAUUUGCGGCGACGGCAGAGCAGCAGCUUUUACAGCUCCAGCAGCAGCAACGACAAAAAAUACAAUCGCCAACAACAACGCAGCCACCUCCACUGCAUCCGUUACAGAAUCGCAAGCAGCGUCAUUCGCUGUCGCAACAGCAUCGUAGAAUGAGCACAAAAGCUGAGGUGACGGCGCCACAAGAGCAACAGCAAAAACAACAACAGCAGCAGCAACGAUUGCAGUCAACGCAAAUGGUGUUGUUGGAUCAGCAGCAGAGUCAGUGCUUAGAAGAGCAACAGCAACAACAACAGCAGCAAGAGCAGCACGUAACGGCUGUACAUAUAUCAGAAUUGGCGGCGUCAUCGUCAGCAGAGGAGAUUAUACCAGCGGAAUUUGAAGCAGUAGAGCUGCAACCGUCCGAGGUCUACACUGAAGAAAUUUUAGCAGAAGAGUUUGAAGCGAACGAACAUACUCCAUCGGUAAUAGCCGUGCCAUCACAGCCAGUGCCAGGCUACCCGGAUACAUUGUUGCUAUGCAGAAGGGUGGGUGACGAGUGGGUCCCAGUGGUUGCACAACCUUUCUUCUACACUGGCAGCGAUCAGCAAUUGAGACCCAUACCGAAGGAAGUACUGAUCGGCCGCCCGAUAUUAACACCUAGCACAGAUAAGACGACGGAAUUCCCAAUCGAAACCGAUGAACUGCAGAUGGUGGCCACUGGUGAAACCUACAAAGAGGAGACUGGAGUCACCAUUUUAAUUGGUAACAAUUAUGUGCAUAUGGAAUGGGAUCAAUUCUUGGAAGUGAUGCGCUCCAAUGACGACGUGUACAAUCUCCGCGAUGAGAACGGACAUGUGUUCCAGCUGACACGAGAUGCCUUGGUAGCACUGCAACAAGAUGCUAAUUUGCAAGACAAAUAUCGCCAAUUGCAGCAGCUGUUGGAAGAGCAACAAUUGGAGGAGCAGCAGCAGCUGGAACAGCAAGAGUUGCUGCAACAGCAAUUCAUACAGCAAUUGCAAACAGUUACAGUAACGGGGGAGGAAGGGCUUGAAGCGGAUAUCAUACCACUCCUGCACAUAGAUACAACGCAAACGCUGCAACUGAUAGGCACCGAUGAUGGCAAUCUAAUACUCCAGCCAACUUUAGUACAGCCGCCACUCUCCCCACCAUGCACCCGACCAGCGCUCACCAAUGCCACAAAUGCGCUUCUCAAUCAGACACCCAUCAUGUCACCACUCGAGAAGCCAUCCACCGCAACAGCGACCACUUUGAUGGCGGACGGCACUGGGCAACACAUCGAUUUAGGAUCAUCAACCGCACCCGAUCAUCUUGUGGCAGCUGGUUUUAUAUCGGAUGAUGCACCCAGCCGUCCAACAUUAGGCGAUAGUCUGGCCGUUAUAGGCGUCGUACCCACGCAACCCACACUACUGCCUACCACUGUUACCAACCCGGCGAUUGCGCCGCCAAAGUCCGAUUUAAUACCGAACAUGACAACAGCCGCUCAAAUGCACGCGCAAUUCCGUCAUGCACAACGUGCAAUAUACAAUGAUCCAGGGAGUUAAUAUUGUACCAAUGUGCUGUAUUUAGACAAUCUGCCCAGUGGCUUGGAGGAUGUGCGAGCGUUGAGAGAAGGCGGCGCAAUGGGGAAUGUUGUUGGCGCUAGCACUACAGAAGCUGAUGCGACUGCGGCGGAAGCGGCUGGAGGUGUAGGCAUGGGCGUGGAUGAGGUGAAUGAUAUGAAUGAUGUAAAUAUGGAUGCAAAUGUGGUAGGUUUCAACGAACAUUACUUUUUCAAUUAAACAUCCGUUACACAAUUACACCGGCCACAUUGUAUAACCAAUCCCACUCCAACUUAUGGUGCAGACCAAGUUACUUCCUACAUACUCCCAAAUAUUUCUUUAUGUAGCAGUAGUUACCUAGUACUAUUUAGUUAUAUUUAAGUAUGUAUGUAAUGAGUAGUUGCUUUACACCGAAAGUGAAUAUUUUGCGUGCACAGGUGUAAUUCAAAAAAGCUAGCUUUUACUAUGCGUUAAAUAAAAUAUUUUAGUAUAUAAUGUGUAUAAAUAUGAGUCAGCAGUAACUGAGUUUAUCCUGCGUAGAUCUGAUUCCUUUUGGAGGUUGUUACGCCGCCAAUUCAAUCUAUGCUACCGGAAUGAUCCGCUUUUGUACUGGUACCGCUUUCUAAUAAAGCAAAUACGGGGUUUUCUCUAUUGCCACAUCCGACGUGGGGAAGUCAUUGGCUACCACCGAUCCACAUGAUUUAUGCCGGUCUAGGUAGGUAUCCGGCGCCGCUGUGGUCUAGUGGUAAGCAGUGCGCGCUUCCAAUCCGCAGUGUCUUGGUUCAAGCCCUGGUAAAAGCAACAUCGCAAAAAAUAUAGAAAGCGGGGUUUUUCUUAACAGCGGUCGCCCCUCGGCAGGCAGUGGCA